GUUCAUUUCUAGUCACCCCAUAUCUCUCUCACUCUAACUUUCAUAGAGGUUCUUAGUCUCCUUCAAAGCUGAUUAAGAUUGGACAUAUAGCUCAGGGCAAUGGCUGAACAACAACUAGGAGUGCUCAAGGCACUUGAUGUUGCGAAGACGCAGCUUUACCAUUUCACGGCAAUUGUCAUCGCUGGUAUGGGUUUCUUUACCGAUGCAUACGAUCUCUUCUGCGUCUCUUUGGUGACCAAGCUCCUUGGCCGUCUCUACUACUUCAACCCGUUGUCAGAAAAGCCUGGCUCACUUCCCCCUCAUGUUGCGGCGGCCGUCAAUGGUGUGGCCCUCUGUGGAACCCUUGCUGGUCAAGUCUUCUUCGGAUGGCUUGGUGACAAGCUCGGGAGAAAAAAAGUUUACGGUAUCACUUUAAUCAUGAUGAUUUUGUGCUCUGUCGCUUCCGGUCUCUCCUUUGGUAACAAAGCCAAAGGUGUCAUGACCACUCUUUGCUUCUUUAGGUUUUGGCUGGGAUUCGGUAUCGGAGGUGACUACCCUCUUUCCGCCACUAUCAUGUCUGAAUACGCAAAUAAGAAGACCCGAGGUGCUUUCAUAGCUGCCGUGUUCGCUAUGCAAGGUAUUGGUAUCUUGGCCGGAGGGUUUGUGGCACUUGCGGUAUCUUCCAUAUUCGACAAGAAGUUCCCAGCACCAACCUAUGCUGUCAACAGAGCUCUCUCAACGCCUCCUCAAGCUGAUUACAUUUGGAGAAUCAUCGUCAUGUUUGGUGCUCUACCCGCAGCCUUGACAUACUACUGGCGAAUGAAAAUGCCAGAAACCGCUCGGUACACCGCUUUGGUGGCAAAAAAUAUUAAACAAGCAACACAAGACAUGUCCAAGGUUUUACAAGUGGAGCUUGAAAUGGAGGAAAGAGCGGAGGAUAUCGUUAAAGACCCAAGACUUAACUAUGGCUUAUUCUCCAAAGAAUUCCUUAGACGCCAUGGUCUUCCCCUCCUUGGAUGUACAUCCACUUGGUUCUUGCUUGACAUUGCCUUUUACAGCCAAAAUUUGUUCCAAAAAGAUAUCUUCUCGGCUAUCGGGUGGAUCCCAAAGGCAUCAACCAUGAAUGCCGUCCAUGAAGUUUUCAAGAUUGCUAGGGCACAGACUCUCAUCGCGCUCUGCAGUACUGUCCCUGGCUACUGGUUCACGGUUGCAUUCAUUGAUAUCAUUGGAAGAUUUGCGAUCCAGCUAAUGGGAUUCUUCAUGAUGACCGUGUUUAUGUUUGCCAUUGCCUUCCCUUACGACCACUGGAUCAAACCAGACAACCGCAUCGGAUUCGUGGUUAUGUACUCUCUCACUUUCUUCUUUGCCAAUUUUGGACCAAAUGCGACAACCUUCAUUGUACCAGCUGAGAUCUUCCCGGCUAGGCUAAGAUCCACAUGCCAUGGAAUAUCAGCAGCGACAGGUAAAGCUGGAGCCAUCGUGGGAGCUUUCGGGUUCUUAUACGCAGCUCAGCCCCAGGACAAGACCAAGACCGACGCAGGGUACCCACCAGGCAUUGGAGUCAAGAACUCACUGAUCAUGCUUGGUGUCAUUAACUUUGUCGGUAUGCUCUUCACGUUCCUUGUUCCUGAGCCCAAGGGAAAGUCCCUCGAAGAACUCUCCGGUGAGACUGAGGUUGAGAAAUGAUCACGAUAAAAGUGUUGUAUUUCAUUUUCAAAUUAUAUUAUUUCGAGUGUCAUGUUUGUUUUUAUUUUCUUCCCCGGUCUUGACGUUAUGAUGUUCUAUUUGUUACUUUUGUCCAUUAUGCUUAUGUAUAUGAGUAUAUCAGUAUAUCUUGGAUUUAAUUGAGUUUUGUGAUCUUUGGAAAA